AUGGCUGCCCAUGGCAUCACCAUAAUCUUCUCCCCAUACCAUGUUGGAAUUCGGGACCACCGAGUAGGAAAUGGACCCCAUCGGAUCUGCUCGCUUGGAAUUGUCAAAGAGCUUGAGAGCUUAGGAAUCAAAGUUCAUCUGCAUGAGAUUGAACGUGUUGAUGAAUUUGAAGGAGAAAUCGGCCGGAGCUUCGAAAUCAUGCGCCGCAUUUCAAAGGCCGUUACGAGCGCCGUCAACACCAACACAUUCCCUCUGGUCCUCUCUGGGAAUUGCUAUGCCAGUGCCGCAGUUGCAUGUGGACUUCGGAUCAAGGAUCUAGCUUUCAUCUACUUUGAUGCCCAUGAUGAUCUCGAUUCUCCGGAUGUCAACGAAAACGGCUAUUUCGAUGCAAUGGGGCUAUCAAUGCUUCGUGGUGAAAGCUGGAAAACACUCAUGAGCUCUGUUCCUGGCUUCCAGCCUCUUGACUAUCAACGUUUUCUGUACUGUGGAUUACGAGACCAAUCCGAUAUCCAACGACAGCGAGUGAUUGAUGCCGGUAUGACGGCUAUCAGGGGUGAUACUACGAAAGAGGUUAACUUCCCUGCGGAGCUCAAGUCACACCUUGAAACUCGCGAUUACAGCCCGGCGUUGGUGCACUUGGAUCUGGAUGUACUUGAUGAGAGUUACGGAAAAGUGAAUGAUUAUCCGUCACCUGGCGGCAUGUUUGAGUCGGAUUUGAUUGAAUGCAUGAAUAAUGUACCCCGGCAGUCACUACCAAAGUCACUCACGGUCUGUUCAUUUGAUCCAGACGCUGGUGAUGGUGAUAAGAUCGCAGGUAUUGCGAUUUGUGCUAUCAAAACAUUUGUUCAAUCUCUGCUGGAAAUGAAUGUCCUUUCCAGAACUUGA